GUGUGUCUAAAGGUGUCUGACGGUUUGCUUCAUGUCGUCCUGAAGAAGGAAAUAUGUCUCUCUGACACAUUAAAACUCAGUGAAGUAACCGAGUUUACCGUUCUGAACUUUCUGUUAUUUCAUUCAAAGUUUCUUCACACUUCCUCCUUGUGCUCUAGAGAGAGGGAGGUGCUCAGUGACCUGCAGUUAAAUUAUUAACAGAACUGAGACCGAGGUAAAGAGAGAGAAACCCUACAGACAGACGGAGAGACAGUCAGAGGGAUCAGCUGUUGACAUGGAGCUGCUGUCCUCCCUGCUGUCCACUCUGAGGACUGUGGAUCCAGGGACUCUGGAUCAGGAGUACAAUGUGGUGCGUUCACAGACCUCAGUGGUAAAUAGAGAUCCCAGUUUGACCACUGAGGAAGGAGCUCUGAAGGAAAACAUCAAGAAGAACCGAUACAAAGACAUCCUGCCAUAUGACCAGACUCGGGUGGUGUUGUCUCUUCUGACCUCAGACUCUGACUCCGACUACAUCAACGCCAACUUCAUCAAGGGGGCGCCAGCAUGCAGCAGCUACAUCGCCUCGCAGGCUCCUCUCAGCUCCACGCUGACAGACUUCUGGAGGAUGAUCUGGCAGCAUGACAUCAAGGUGAUAGUCAUGGCCUGCAGAGAAAUAGAGAUGGGAAAGAAGAAGUGUGAGUGUUACUGGUCUCCAGUUCACCAGUCUGCUGCAUUCGGACCGUUUACUGUCUGCAACUUGGGGGAGACGCGUCCUAAUGAAGACAUAGUGGUCAGAGAUCUGACUGUCACCUACCAGCAGGUCAGCCGUUCAGUGACUCAGUAUCAGUUCUUGUCGUGGCCGGAUCACGACGUUCCCUACGAGGCUGCGGGAGUUCUGGACCUGCUGGAGAGAACAAGAACCAGUCAGGGAACACACACCUCACCUCUGCUGGUACACUGCAGUGCGGGCUGUGGGAGGACAGGAGUCAUCUGUGCUCUCGACUACAUCCAUGACCUGCUGGUUACCAAGCAGAUCACAGCAGACUUCAGCAUCAUGAAGGUCGUCCUGGAGCUCCGCAGACAGAGACCCUCUUCAGUCCAAACUAAAGAGCAGUAUCAGUUCAUCUUCACGGCGGCCGCCUGCAUGUUUGAACGCUUCCUGCAGUCGGACAGCAGUCGUCAGCUCCUCGGACACCUGUCUCAGAAACCUGAGAAUAAAACCACAAGAUCAUCUGCUUCCUCCUCCAAGAGACUGUCUCGUCUGACUGACAUGAACGACACGUACGCUGUGGUCAACAAGCCCAGACAUGCCCCCCCACCUUCAGCAGAGCCCGCCUACUCUGUUGUAGCACCGCCCCCCAAAUCCAACAGGACGCUGCCGCCGUCCCAUCACUAUGACAACGACCCUGCAGGAGCAUCGGCAGCUCCCAUCUACAGCACCGUCACACCGCGAGGUAAACCUCACACCCUGCCGCUCUCUGCCACGCCCAUUUAUGAGCCGGCAUCGGCAGCCAAUCACAGGCUGGGGGAGGGACCGCCGUCGCUAAGCAACAGCGGAGAUUAUCACCUGAUGCCAGCUACACGUGUCUCACCAACGGACGAAGACUAUGAAGAGUUCUCCUGUUCAGUCUCAGACAUCAGCAGCCUCUGCUCACCUGGAGGCAUCGGGUUUAACUUGCGUGUUCAGAAGCCCAGAGGACCCCGAGAUCCUCCAGCUGAGUGGAGCCGACUGGAGAGAUGAACCGGUUAAACUGGACUUCACUGGUUUCCAGUAGACUGUUAGACCGGACCAGUUCAUUAAAGAGGAUUCUUAUUUAGAAUUGAACUGGAGGGAGUUGGACUGUCAAAACUUUGUGUUAUGAUGUGAUAUGUUGUGUUGUUCAUCUGACGAGAUCUGAUCUGAUAUCUGUAAAUAUUUCUGCUCUUUAUGUUAACCAUCUGUGUACUUUAUAAAUGUUUUAUUUUUAACCUCUUAAGCUCCAGGGUGCUGGAAUGUGUGGUUCGCAAAAUACAUACCCAAAAUAAAUCAAGAAUAGCUCCACAA